AGCAAACCCAUCAAACCACCGCCAACCUUUGCUGUGCAUCGCAAAGCGCCAUGGCGCGCCUGGACGAUAUGCGGUUCGAUCCCGCUCGCCUGAACAAGGCGAGCGCGGCAGAUUACUCGUCGUCGGAAUCCGAAGCCGACGAGGAAGACGAGUAUCUGAUGCCCUCGCGCAACCCCCACGACGACGAGUUCGCCGACUACAACCCGCGCAAGCGGCGGCGGACUGGUCGCGAUGCCAAAGAAAGCGCCGCUUUGGGAAUCUUUGGGUCCGACAGCGAGGACGAGGGCCCGAGCCGAAGGUGGAAGCACAAGACGCUCCGCAGCAAGGGCGUCCGCUUCGUGCCGUCAGGCAAACCCAGCGCGGAUUCCGACGAGGAGGAGGAAGACGGGGAAGCGGAGGAUGGUGAAAAGGAGGACAAUGAAUACGACGAUGACAAUCCCGGCGCCGUGCCGCCCGAGGCCGACGCCGAGGCCGAGGGUGACGAACCCGAAGACGAAGACGAAGAGAUGCGUAGUGUGGGGCUUGGCUUCCGGGGCGCUUCUGCCGCUGCUACUGCCGCUGCCAGCACCCAGGGCCUGGGCUGGACGCCUCCCACGCAGCAAGACCCGCGACCGAAACGUGCUGCUCCGCUCUUAAAACCGUUCGUCAAGUCGAAGUUCGACAGCGCCAACCCGCUCGGCAAUGGCUUCACGCCCACGUCGGCGCGAGGGCCGACGCUCCUGGUCCAGGACGACGAACCGGAUACGCCCCGUGCCGCCCUGCCGAGUGCUUUCGCGCAAGGAAGAGACGGCAAAACAAAGAUCAACUCCAAGUCGUUCGGCGCUCGCAUCAUGGCCAAGAUGGGCUACGUCGAGGGCAAAGGCCUCGGCAAGGAAGGCCAAGGGCGCAACGUUAUCAUCGAGGCAAACCUGCGGCCACAAGGUGUGGGCUUGGGCGCGGUCAAGGAGAAGACCGAGUCGGAGCGGCAAGAGGAGAAGCGGCAGGCCCGGCUGCGCGGUGAAGAGGUCAUCGACUCGGAGGAAGAGGAGAAAAAGAAGAAGGCUGCUCGCCGAAAGAAGGCUCUCGCGGGCGGUGUCAGCAGCGGUGCGGUAAGCGGAGCCAGCACUCCGCGGCGACAAAAGCCCAGAUACCUUACCAUGGACGAGAUCAAGAAGGCAGCGCCGGGCCUGGAGAUCCCUGACGCGUUCACGCCGAUUCUGGACAUGACCGGCCCCGGGAAGAAGCUGCUCACCUCGUCGUCCGGGCUAAUGACCCCAACAGCAGGCGCGGCACCUGCAGAAUCCGCCGAAGCUGCCGAAACUCGGAAACUUGUCAAGCGUGCCCAGAGCGACUUCAUGGCCAUUCUCGAAGAGUGGAAGAGCCUGCAGGAGCGGAAAGCCUAUCUCGACCUGCAGCUCGAGCAAGAGAAGCAGGAGUUGGGGGAGCUCUCAGCCAGCUUACAAGGAAACCGAUCCGUGACAGCGGCAUGCGAAGCAGCGUCCCAGCCCAUCGAGAGCGGCGAGCCGGACAGAAAAGCGGAUUUGAAUUACCGCUUAAACCGGGUCAUAUCUGGCCUCGGCGAUGCCAACGCGUCCCUCUCAGAUUCCAUGCUGCCCCAGAUCAAGGAGGAGCUCGCCUCCUUAGCGGUUGCCGCAAUCCACCCCUUAUUCAACCAGUACCGCCAGCUUUGGGAGCCGCUUGAAGAGCCCAGACCUGGCUUCGUGGACGGUCUCAACUCUAUCCGCGCACUCCUUGGCCUGGAUCAAAAAGCCAAGAAGACGUUCCGCCGACCGACUGCUUCACCCUACGAGACCAUGAUGUACGAGCUCUGGCUUCGAACCCUGACAGCCGCGGUGCGCGAAUGGAACGUUCGCGACUCCGACCAGCUCAUCGCCGUCUUCGACGCCUGGGACACCCUCCUCCCCGCUUUCGUGCGCACCCAGCUGCUGCAGGACAUUAUCCGCAAGCUCGACGAGGCGCUGCAGAAAUGGCAGCCCAAGAAGCAUACCCACAGCCUCCCGCACCGCUGGAUCUUCCCCUGGCUGCCCUAUCUCCCGCCGUCCCAGCUCGACCCCAAGAGCCCCAACGGCCUGGUCGCCGACGUCCGCCGCAAGUUCCGCCAGCUCAUCGACGCCUGGGACUUCAACCGCGGCGCCAUCCCCGGCCUGAAGCAGUGGAAGGACGUCCUCCGCCCCCCGGUCUCCGCCGGCCACGACCACGCCCACGCCCGCGACACGUGGACGCCGCUGGUCAUGAACCACGUGCUGCCGGCCAUGGCGCGCCACCUGCGCGCGCACUUCCGCGUCGACCCGCAGGACCAGGCGCCCUACCUCGACGCGCUGGACAAGCUGUUCGAGUGGCUCGACGUGCUGAACCCGCGCGUGCUCGGCGAGGUGCUCGUCGCCGAGGUGUUCCCCGCCUGGCACGACGCGCUGUACCGCUGGCUGCUGCUCGACGAGGCCAACUACGACGAGAUCGGCCAGUGGUUCCAGUGGUGGCAGGACGACGUGUUCCCCGAGGCCAUCCGCGCCCUGCCCUCAAUCGCGGCUGAGUUCGAGAAGGGCUCCGCCAUGAUCGAGCGGGCGCUCGACCUGGGCGAGCGCGCGAGGGAGGAGCUGCGCCCGCCGGAGAGGGGGCCGGCGCUGAAGACCUGGAGGGAGGCUAGAUCCGAAGAAGAAGAAAGAGAGAAGCAGAGGGACAAGGAAAAGGAGAAGAGAGGGGUGCAGCCGGAGGCGGCCGGGAGGAGGCCAGAGGAGGUCUCCUUCCGGCAGGUUAUGGAGGAGUGGUGCCAGCACCAUGACCUGCAGUUCAUGCCCGAGCGGAACAAGGUGCAUGCCGAGGGCCCGCUGUACAGGAUUUCCGGGCCGGAGAGCAAGCGCGGGGUUCUCGUUUACUUCAAGAGGAACAGCUUGUUUGCUCAGGUCAAGGAUCGGAAGCCGAUUGAGAUCAGACGGGAGAACGAGGAUGAUUGGGGGUUGCUGAUCGAGCUGGUUUCUUAGAUGCCAAUCCAUAGCAUAGAAUGGAUGGCGAGUGUCCCUGGAUAAUGAACCCUCUGAUAUCCGUAUUGCCUGCAAGUCCACUAUGCAAGAGGAUUCGUCCUCCUCUUCCC